AGAGACUACCACACAAACCAUAAAGAGCCAAAAACCUUUCGCUUUCGCCGGCUCCUUUCGUAGGCCACGGCGGAGAGACUUACGAUCUCACCAACUGGUGAGUCGCAGCUUUUCUUAAACCACAAUUCGCGCGCUCUGUGAUCUGAUAUUGGAGAGAAACAAUUCACGAUGAUCGAUCAUCAGGUGACGAUGAAUCUGAACCACGGCCGACGUGGUAUGCAGUGUGCAGGCAAUGAGUUACUCGCAGCUGAGAAAAGGACUGCAGUGUACUACUAGUCUACGCACCAGGUGCUACUAAUGUUCAUUCAGUUCACAUUACAAUGCAAUUGAUUGGUAGUGAGAAAAGCAAAAAAUGAAAAAAAGAAAAGAAAAAGGAGUACCUGGAAUUCAAGCCUCAACUCUUCAAGUCCACUUAAAGUCAUCGCACCAGCUCAAGUUAGCCCCCAUAAAUUCCCAGAAAUUGGGAAGCUUCUGUAAUUUUUGUGCAGCAGUUUUGGCUAGCUAAUAGGAGUUGGGGAUUCCUUGCAAUGUCUUCGUAUUCCUUAUUAUCAUCGAAUUCCUCGGAGAAUGAUCACCCCGACGACAUGUCUUUCGAGAUCAUGGACUUCCUCACCUUCGGUGAACAUCCGCGAGAAGAGACCUCGGCUCGCGAUCAGCCCCCAUUUUGGGAGCAGAGUCAUGUUGUCCUGCAAGAGAACAGCAGCGAAGCGAGCAGAACUUCUGGUGGUGAUUGCAGCAAGCAAGUGAGUCAGAGUGCGAGAGCGAGCUCUUCGAAGGGCGGUAGAAUGAAGGUUGCAUUCAAAACUAAGUCGGAGCUUGAGGUGUUGGAUGAUGGAUACAAGUGGAGGAAGUACGGGAAGAAGAUGGUGAAGAACAGUCCCAAUCCCAGGAACUACUAUCGCUGCUCAAGCGACGGAUGCAAUGUCAAGAAAAGAGUGCAGAGAGAAAAAGAGGACUCGCGUUACGUGAUAACCACCUACGAGGGAGUACAUAACCAUCAUGCUCUUUUACCUGCCUCAGCUGAUUAUGAAGCUUCCGGGAAAGACACUUUGGCGAAUUGUUUUCAAGAAAGCCACGUCUGAAGAGAGCUCGGAGAAUGUUCUCCUGCACCGAAGCCAGUGCGUUGUCGAGGCCGUGCUUGCGAAUGCAAUUGAUGUCUCCGGUAGCAACCGAUUUGAAGAUGGUGGAUCUCACCUGAGAGAAGAAAUUAAGAAUAUAUCAGUUUCCCUCGUAUUCUGUAUGCCCACCGUGCAUCUUAUCAUACUCCGAACAACUGAAAUUCUGGUCUUUCAUAAUAACUAUUUGUCAAUUUUCUGUUGAACUAACGAAAAGGAACAGCACCAUCCAGUAGAUGUGAAAAGGAUGCUAUAAGUAACUCUAUCAGUUUAGCUGUUAAUAUACUUUUCCUUUCAUGUCGCUUUUUA